AUGAGCACCAGUUUUGCUUCCUCCUCCUUUGAUAUCUCAUCCAUCGACUCCAGUCAGCUCAAAAUCCAAAUCAUUGCCUAUGAUUCUUAUCAGUGCUUACCUUCAUCUCUCGAUAAGACCCAGUUCUCCCUAAACGGUAUAUGUGAUAAGACCACUACUACUUUUCCACACGUUCCCAUAAUAAGAGUCUUUGGAAAAUUACCCACUGGCCAUACUUGUCUUCUGCAUAUUCAUAACGUUUUCCCUUAUAUAUACAUUCCCUUUACAGGCUCUUCACCGAAGAAUACUGAUGAUCUUAACAAACAGCUUAUAAGAUUUAAAGAUGAGAUAGAGUGGAGAUUGUCCAGUUCAUAUAGACGUGACGAUACAGAAGCUGCUGAAAAGGGCCAGAACAGGCAGAACAGGCCGCCUACUGCUUCAUCUGGAUGCUUUUUGGCUGAUCUAUCCAUCGUUAAAGGUGUCCCGUUUUAUAACUAUGCCGUUGGAUUUACUCCAUUCAUCAAAAUUAGUCUUCUUAGUUCCAGAUAUGUCGCCCGACUUAGUCGUCUUUUGAGUGAUGGUGUCAUAUUCUCUCGUAAGAUUCAGCCAUUUGAAUCUCAUAUCCCCUAUACCUUCCAAUUCUUGCUGGAUUACAACUGUUAUAGUUGCAGUUGGCUCUCAUUAUCCAAGUUUUACUGGAGAUAUCCGUUGAUUCAGCUCAAGAACAGGGAGGAUUAUCAGACCUACUUUGAUACAGAUUUUUGUAGAUUUAACAAGGCCAAGAUUAACGGUGAUCUAAUCAAGUUCAUAUCUGCCUACAUGAAUACUUUGGUCAGACCAAACUAUGUGAAUGUGCUUGACCCAGAAGAGUUUCCCAGAAUGGGUAGAUCUCUUUUGGAAUUAGAUACUUCAGCAUCCUGGAUCAUUAAUAGAAACGAAUUGCAAGAAAGGGUCAUUCAUGACAGACUUAUUGAGACUCCCAGUUCCUUGACCGCUGAAAAGUACAUCAAUUCUACGAGAGCGUUACUAUCAGAUGUGAAAUUUCAGAGAAGGCAGAGGAAUUUACCCAAUGAUCCUAAAUUAAAGCUCUUUGACAAUACACAAGAGCGUGCAUUCAGCGGUGAGAAGUGGGUAGAGAUCGAUGAAUUGAAAGAUCUACUUCAAUACUGUUCCAAGCUAUCUGAAGACUCUUUUUAUGGGCACCAUGGUCGUGAUAAAAAAUUGGAUGCCGAGAGUGUAGUUUCUCAGUAUCCAUGGCUAUACGAUUAUCCUACAAGUUUCAAAAGCGUUGAUAAAUUACAAUAUGAGCCGAAUACAUUGACUUUAGACUUGAUGAAGGCAUCAAGCAGUCUAACGGCAGCCAAUUUUCUAUCUCAGGAUGGAUUUGUAGGCAGUCGUCCCUCUCAACCCUUUCAACUCUCUCAACUGGGUGAAAAUAUUCUUGAUUCUGUCAUUGUGGAUGACUUGGAGGGAGAUCCAGAGGGAGAUCCAGAAGAUCCAGCAGAUCCAGAAGAUCCAGAAGAUCCAGAAGCAUCUCACACUCAUAUGGAUGCAGAAGAAGGAAAAGAUAUAUCUAUAAACGAUAUGAAUACGUCAUUAUACCAAGCGCUUGAGGAAGAUAAACUGGUUGAUGCUGAGGAUACCGAUCUGCAUAUUUUUGAAGAAACACAGACUCAAAAAGGACAUAUUGAUAGCUCUUUUCAUCAGAUGUUACCUCCAUUUUCUCAAAUUUCCAUUGGCCCCAGUCAGGGCUUCAAUAUUUAUUCCUUAUUUAAUGAUAUGGAGCAUCAAGAGAACCUUUUUGUACCUAAGACGGAAGCUCCUAGAUACAAUACAAACGAUGACUUUAUGAAUAGCUUUGACAAUGACUAUGGAAUGCUGAAGAUCAAUUAUACUGGUCCCUUCUUCUCUAAAAGAGAUAACUACGACUCCACACCGUUCUAUUUUGCUGGUAAGAAGUUUCAGCUUGAUUGCUUGGAUAUUCAAGGACUUCCGCCGUACGAAUCGGUAGGUACUAUUACCUCUAACGAGGUGUCCUUUGAUACUCGGUAUAACAUACAAAGCAUCUGGUCAUACUCCAAGCAUCCUCCUCAAUACAAAGACAUAGAACACUGGUGUUUGAAUAAAAGCUCAGAUGUGAAAUCGCAGCUACUUGACUCUGAAAUAGAGCCAGUGACUCAGAAACUUCAAGCAUACAAGUAUUCAUCGGCCGAAACUCCUGUGGAAAGAAAGAAUACAAAUUAUUCUAAGCUGGUUAUGCUUACAAUUGAAAUUCAUGUCAACACGAGAGAAAACCUCGAACCUGACCCCGAUAAGGACUCUGUUGCUGCCAUAUUUUGGCACUUUGAUAGGGACAAUAGUCUUAAUCCGCUCAACAUAGAGGAUUUGGGAGUGUUUGUGGUGGAUGAUACAACAAAUAUUGCUUGGGAUCAUCUUAUUGGAAUACCUGUGAGCUCUUUCGAGGACGAGGAAAGCAUGAUUGCAGGAUUAGUAGGAUUAGUGGAACUUGUAGAUCCUGAUAUUCUUGGUGGAUAUGAAAUACAUAGCUCAUCUUGGGGAUAUAUCAUCGAGCGAUUCAAGAAGGUUUAUGAUGUGGAUCUUCCUGUUCGUUUUUCCCGAGUUGCUUGUAAACACAACAAUAAAGCUGCAGAUUCAUGGGGAUAUAGACAUGCUUCUGGUAUCCGUAUUACUGGUCGCCACAUGCUUAAUUUUUGGCGAACAUUGAGAGGCGAGCUUAGAUUAGGCAAUUACUCUCUUGAGAAUGCAGUAUUCCAAGUACUUCAUCGUCGUAUACCUCAUUUCAGCCCCAAAGUAUUGACCAAGUGGUACUGUGAUGAUAAGAAGGGACUUUUGUCGUGUGCCCUAUCUUAUUAUGUUGAGAGAUUGAGAUUGGAGGUUCGGCUUGUUGAGCAAUUGGAAAUCAUUGAGAAAGUCAUAGAACAGUCAAGAUUAUUAGGAAUCGACUUCAACUCCAUUAUAUACAGAGGUUCGCAGUUUAAAGUGGAAAGUUUGCUUGUUCGUCUAGCCAAAGCAGAGGACUAUAUUCUUGUUUCACCUUCAAGGAAGCAGGUAUUUAACCAGGAUCCUCUCCAGUGCAUUCCAUUGAUCCUUGAGCCAGAAAGUGCAUUGUACAAGAGUCCAUUGGUUGUUCUAGACUUUCAGUCACUUUAUCCGUCCGUUCUUAUCGCUUACAAUUACUGUUUCUCUACCCUGUUAGGACGAUUGAGGGGAUUCAACCCCAAAAGAAACCAAAAGCUAGGAGUUAUCACUCAAAAAUUACCCGAGGGCCUCUUGAAAUGUCUACAAGAGAGUGUCACGCUCUCUCCUAAUGGUUUGAUGUUUACAAAACCAUCUGUCCGUAAAUCUUUGAUGGCCAAAAUGCUCACAGAGAUCUUAGAUGCCAGAAUAUUGGUAAAAGAUACCAUGAGGCAGCUUCGUGACGACCGGGAAUUGAACAAGUUGUACAACAACAGGCAGUUAGCAUUGAAAAUGAUAGCCAAUGUUACAUAUGGUUAUGCAUCGGCCACUUUUUCCGGAAGAAUGCCUCAUUCGGCUCUUGCAGAUGCUAUCGUCUCUUCGGGUAGAGAGACAUUACUAAGAGCCAUCUCAGAAAUUGAGGGCAAUCCCAAAUGGGGUGCAAAAGUAGUCUACGGUGAUACAGAUUCUCUAUUCAUUUAUUUGCCAGGAAAGACACGGAAGGAUGCAUUUAAAUUGGGAAAAGAGAUGGCCGCUCAUAUUACCGAUAUCAAUCCUGCUCCUAUCAAGUUGAAGUUUGAGAAGGUGUACCACCCGUGCAUUUUGGUGAGUAAAAAAAGGUACAUUGGAUGGAAAUAUGAAUACGAAGAGCAGGAAACUCCUGACUUUGAUGCCAAAGGAAUCGAAACCGUCAGAAGGGAUGGCAUUCCUGCCCAACAGAAGAUUGUUGAGAAGGCUAUAAACAUUCUUUUUGAGACUAUGGAUGUCUCCAAAGUGAAGUCGUAUGUGUUGGACCAAUUUACUAAGAUUAUAAGAAAUAAGGUGAACUUGAAAGACUUUCUUUUCGCCAAAGAAGUCCGUGUUGGUACCUACAAAAACGAAGCUUACAUUCCUCCUGGAGCCCGAGUCAGCAUGGAAAAGAUGGCCAAGGAUCAUAGAGCAGAGCCCCAGUAUAAAGAAAGGGUAUUCUAUGUAGUCAAGAAGGGUAACAACGAUCAACCUUUGAGAGAGAGAUGUAUGUCACCCUCUGAUUUCCUGAAUGAUGAAACUGCAGAGUUGGAUACCGAAUACUACAUCAAUAAAGUUCUUAUUCCUCCCUUAGAAAGAAUAUUCAAUUUGGCUGGAAUCGACGUGAGGAGGUGGUACAACGAGAUGCCUAAAUACAUAUCCUACGGAGAUGUUGAAUUGAGGAAUUUGAAUGUCCGAACAACAUCAUGCAUUUGCUGUAAUGAUCCAGUGAAUAGAACGAAUGAUUUACUAUGCGAUCAAUGCAACAAGAACAAGGCUCAAACCAUGUUGGAGCUGAAAUCCAGACUCAAAUUCCAAGAGUCGCAUCUUAGAGAUAUCUGUACGAUCUGCGAUGCUUGCACCCGAAGAACCGUGAACAGUAACAGUAUCCGGCCUAGUGAGUAUUUGGCCUGCGAUAGUAAAGACUGUUCCGUAUUUUUUGACAGACAGAAGGCCUUUCGGCAGGUACAUAGCUCACGCAAUCAGUUCAGCCAACUACCUGACUGGUAG